UGCAGGUUCAGAUGAACUGUUCAGCCGGUGUAAUGACCGUAACCUGGGCACCCAAUCCGGAUGCAGAAUAUUUCCAUGUGGAUGCAGUGAGCGGCAACGUCAGCCUGUCUUGUAACACAUCGAGCACAAGCUGUUCGAUCCCAGGCCUGUACUGUGGUUUGUCCUUGUCCGUAACAGUGAGGGCGAUUCGAGGUGGAUGUCACAGUGCACCCAGUGCAGCUGUCCAAGCUUUAACGGCCCCAUGUAUCCCUCAGGGUGCGAGCGGCAACCUCGACUGUGUGACCAACUCGGUCUGGGUGUCAUGGCAAGAAGCGGCUGGUGCAGAGUCUUACAAGGUGUUAGCGGUAUCAGCGGAAGGGGCUAAUUCCACCUGCAGCACGCCGGGUCUUUUCUGUAACAUUCCCAGUCUGCUGUGUGGCAUGCAGUACACAUUCCAAGUUACCGCCAUGAACUCCUGGUGUGCCAGUGAAAACUACAACAACUCCUUUUCUAUUGAGACAGGACCCUGCACUCUGAACAACAUCAGCGUGGUGACAGAGUGCCGCAGCAGCUCCAUAAGGGUCAGCUGGCUCACUCAGUCAAAGUCAUCCAUCUUCGUCGUCACAGCAGAGGGCCAGGACCUCAGCUUCCUGCAGUGUAACAGCACGGGCACUUAUUGUGUGCUUAAUGGCGCACGCUGCAGCAUGCAGUACACCAUCAUGGUCUCCACCAGCUCGGAUAAGUGCAGCAGUCUCCGCAGUCCUCCGUACUCCAUCAACACGGCCCCAUGUGCUCCUCAGGCACUGAGCGUGAAUCCGCUGUGUGAUACAGAAGACGUGGUGGUGUCCUGGGCACCCUCUAACCUCUCUCAGUCCUACUAUCUAACAGCCAUCGGACAGGAUGGCGUCUCCAAAAACUGCACCAGCACCACAGAGAACUGCACCCUGAGCCACCUGAAAUGCAGCCAGGCAUACACAGUCAGCGUGAUCGCUUCAGACGGAAACUGCACCAGUCCUGCCAGCCAGGCCCUCACCUUCCGUACAACUCCAUGUGCACCUCUGAGCUUGAACGUGUCCCUGCCGUGUGGAGACAGCUUAGCCACACUCUCCUGGUCCUCCAGUAACGGCUCGGCGUGGUACUACGCUUCAGCCGUCAACCCGCGAGGGGACAAGCUUCAAUGCCACACCACAAACAUGUCCUGUACUAUAGCAGGGCUUCAGUGCGGGAUGGUGUAUAACUUUAGUGUGCAGGCGUCAGGUGGAGCAUGCAACAGCUCGCGCAGUCCAGUGGUGCAGAAAGGAACAGUGCCGUGUCCUCCAGCCUCAGUAUCCGUAGUCAUCUGGAGAAUGGAAAACACCUCUCUGGUGAGAGUGAGCUGGAGCACAGUGAGCUGCUUAGACGUCCAAUACCUGGCACAGCUCGAUGGCCAGUUCCUUCUCGACCCCAAUGCUCUCGUGCAGAUGGCAUCCUACUGGACGGACCGGACUUAUUUUGAGUUCCUGGUGCCCUGCAAUAUCAACUACACGGUGGUGGUCAGCGCCGGAAGCGGAGGAGGGAAUGGACCUCCAUCUUCUGCUGUCACUGGAUUUACAGGUUUAUGCCCUUCGUACAGUACUAACAUCCCUACAGCAGUAGUGCGCCGUAGGAGAGAGUUGCAAGAGGCAGAACAAGAGAACGAAGAUGUGCUGUUUGUGCCUGAAGUCAAGGCUCUGGAUGUGGACGGUGUGAACCUGCACGUGGAGUGGGCUCCAGUCACUAAUGCCAGUUAUUACACCCUUAUCGUAAGAGAGGACACUGAAUCUCAUCCCGACAAGGUAGCACUGAUCGUUGAAGGCGAGGCCUCGGAUGUCGCCGACCUUAAACCAGCCACACGCUACUGUGUCACCUUGUCUGCCAAAAACUCCGUUGCAAAGAGCGAUUACUCCACCCCGGUGUGCAUCACCACUGGGGUUCCUAUCUGAAUCACAAGAAUGUUCAUGUCUAAGUUAGAAAAGCAAAGCAAGCUAUUGUUACCUGUGCCAUUAGAUCAUCAUCUGUAGUGAGCUACUUACUGUAGGAGUAAGAAAAAAUCAAACCCCAAAGCUGACCAUGAAAUAUUGUGAAUACUGUUUUUUUUUAUAUAGAAGCAACAAUUAAACUGCAAAAUAGACCUAAUGACAUGUUUCUGGUGAAAAGGGCUGAUUAUGUGUUUUCAAUUUCAAUUCUUUGAGCUGACUAGAGAAAGCAUAAGCUUGAGUCUUUAUUAAGAUAGAUUUUAACUGAACCAUAUCUAGCUGCACAAUCACUUUCUGUAAUAUGAACAUUUCAAUGGUACACAUAAUGGAUGUAUAUUGCUUAUAUAGAGAGCAAAUAAAAUACUGCAA